UGCUAGUGAGAAAGAUGGAAAAAAAACAACAACAAAUAUUUGAGGAAAAAGCUUCUUUCUAAUUGGACAGGGGGUUUUCAGAUGGCGCUAAACACAAAGUUCUUCGUAAUCACAUUAAGGGAAUGGGUUGGAAUCCAUCUGUUAAUUACCAAAAAUAUUUGGGUCUCCAGCUUGUUUCACCUCCAACUGCUCCCACCUACACGAAUCCAGCUGGGCGCCGUGCAGACAUGUCAGGGCUUCGAUUGUAUCUCGAGCACACGCUGGUGCAAACAUGGAGGUUUCAGCUGUGACCCUGUGCUGGCGCGUAUGCAUGGAGGCUGAUCAAUGGAGGCUGUUGCUCUGAGGUCACAGGUCAUCAUUUCAAACCAGCGUCAUCGUCUGUAGCCCAGAAGACUGCCCUCAAUUCACACCGGUGCAGACGUAUUCUGUUCAAGGAGCCUGGAGCUGCAAGACUAAAGAGAGAGAAAGAAGAAGAAAAUAAACAAGUGUUAUAAAAGACGCUCUUCAUGAAUUCACCAAAAACCUGAAGGGAAAUACUGCAAGUUGGCUGGCAGACCUUAGGAGGCAUGUGGACAAUGAGUAUGGCUUGGCUGCGUCUCCCUGCCGUCAUUGUCCUUCUGCUUGGUUGUUUUCAUACGGCUGUCACGGAAAAUGACGUAACUCCACGCCUCACCUUUUCAUACAAUGCAAAGGAGAGAACUACCAGAAGUUUCUCAGUGAGCGGUGUCUUCAACUUUACCUCUCUGCUGCUCAGUAGCGAAAAUGGCAUGUUGUAUGUUGGCGCUCGGGAGAGUCUCUUCGCUCUCAGCCUCUCUGAUAUCAGCGCAGCCAAGCUACAAAGAAAGCUUGCAUGGAAAACCCCAGAGAAGAAGAGAGAGGAGUGCAGUUUCAAAGGCAAAGACCUGCAGACGGAUUGCUUCAACUACAUCAAAAUCUUACUACGCAUGAACAGCACUCAUCUGUACGUUUGUGGAACCUAUGCCUUCAGCCCCAUCUGUGCUUACAUAAACUCUACAGACUUCUCCCUUGUCAAGAGCGAUACUGGUGAGAUUGUUACAGAGGAUGGACGGAGCCGCUGCCCAUUCAACCCUGAAUACAAGUCCACUGCCAUCGUGGCUGAUGGAGAGCUGUAUACUGGCACAGUCAGUAAUUUCCAAGGAAAUGAACCCAUCAUUUACAAGAGUCUAAGCCAAGGAACAGCUCUAAAAACAGAAAACUCACUUAACUGGCUUCAAGAUCCAGCCUUUGUUGGCUCUGCCUACAUACAGGAGAGCCUUCCCAAGGGCAACCCGGUGGGCGAUGAUGAUAAGAUUUACUUCUUCUUCAGUGAAGCGGGGAAGGAGUUUGAUUUCUUUGACAACACCAUUGUGUCACGCAUUGCUCGUGUGUGUAAGGGUGACGUUGGAGGUGAAAGGGUGCUGCAGAAGAAAUGGACGACGUUCCUGAAGGCUCAGCUCUUGUGUUCUCUGCCCGAUGACGGCUUUCCCUUCAACAUAAUCCAAGACAUGUUUGUGCUCACACCCAGUCCCGAGGACUGGAAGAACACAGUGUUUUAUGGAGUCUUCACCUCUCAGUGGUACAAAGGUGCAUCAGGAAGCUCUGCAGUGUGCUCCUUCACUAUGGACCAGGUAGAAAAGGCGUUCAGCGGGCGAUACCGUGAGGUUAACCGCGAAACCCAGCAGUGGUAUACUUACAACCAUCCGGUGCCAGAGCCUCGGCCUGGAGCGUGCAUCACAAACGCUGCCAGAAAACAGGGCAUCUCCUCCUCGUUGCUCAUGCCAGACAAGGUGCUGAAUUUUGUCAAAGACCACUUCCUGAUGGACAGCGUGAUCCGCAGCCAGCCUCUGCUACUCAAGCGCAAUGUCCGCUACACGCAGAUCGCCGUCCAUCGUGUUCAAGCAGCUAAAAAGGUGUAUAACGUGCUCUUCAUUGGCACAGAUGAUGGGAGACUUCAUAAAGCCAUUAACGUCAACAAGAAGAUGCACAUUAUUGAAGAGAUGGUGCUCUUCCGUGACUCUCAGCCGGUGCAGCACAUUGAGCUGGACACCGAAAAGGGUCAGCUCUAUGUUUCUUCUUUCUCUGAACUGGUGGAGGUCUCAGUAGCUAACUGCACUAAUUAUCAGAGCUGUGGGGAGUGCAUCCUCUCCAGGGAUCCUUACUGUGCCUGGAAUGGGAAGCAAUGUGUAGAUGUCAGACGUGCUACACCAAACAAUGCCUGGCGGCAGGAUGUAGAUGAAGCAGACACGUCAGCUAUUUGCAAUAAGACUGUGCCAAGUCCACGGUUUGCCAGACCUCCACCUACACGGAUGUCGUCAUGCCAGGUGAUCAUUAUCCCAGCCAACACAUUCAAAGUACUGCCCUGCAAGCUGCGCUCUAAUUUGGCUGAAAGGAAGUGGGAGUUCAGUGAGAGCGCAGGUCACUUCCACUACCCCAGCCCGGAGGGGGGACUGGUGGUGGUAGCUCAAGCGGACAAGCAGGAAACGUACGAGUGCUGGUCAGUGGAGGAGGGCUUCAGACAGCUGCUGGCAAACUACUGUGUGAGAGGCGAAGCCAAGCAGGAGAGCACCACCUUGACAGGCCGUUCACGUACGCCGCAGAUCUCACAGGAGGAAAUCAUCAUCCUGCCAGGGGAGGCCCGCUCGCCGCAGAUCAACACAAAGACCUACUGGAACGAGCUGAUCGUUGUAUGCGCCCUCCUGGUGUUUUCCCUGGUAGUCUUCUCCCUUUUUGUGGUUUACAGGAACCGUGACCACAUGAAGUCCAUGCUGAAGGAGGGAGAGUGCCCGAACAUGCAGCAGAAGAAGCCCAGAAUAGUGGGGAAACCCGCUGAAAACUUGCCGCUCAACGGCAACACAGUCACAACCUCAGCUUCGGAUCACAAGGGGUACCAGACCCUUAAUGACAACUACAUAUGCAGCACUCCACCGCACGAGUGCUCGUCACCUGAUAACAGUAAGAGCUUCUCUGAAUCGGAGAAGAGGCCUCUGAACUUAAGAGAGAGUCACGUGGAGAUUUCGCCCACGUGCCCCCGGCCUCGAGUCAGGCUGGGCUCCGAGAUUAAAGACUCUAUAGUGUGAGGCAGGCUUCAUGUUAUAUGGAGUGACUGCUUUUGAACUCAAAGGAAAGAGUGCACUUGUUGAGAAAGACAAAAACAUAAGAGGGAAAAAUCAGCACUCUCGUGGAGAGACUUUACAUUACACAGAUUUUGCACUCUCUCUCUCUCGCUCUUCUUUCUUUCUUAUUUUAUUCUGUCGAUGUGGUCCAUGUGCAUUUUAUUUCGUUUUCCUCUCACCCUCUUAUUCAAGUGCAUUUGAAGCACACUGAAGAAGCUCCGGCUCGCCUUCAGACUUUCACGUACGGCUCACGGGAAUGUAACAAGCGUUGAGAUGGCAUCGUGACCACCAUUUAGCGAACAAAUUUCAGAGAGUUGCCUUUCACAGUCCGUCCAUUUGACGUGCCGGUAAUACUCUGAAAGGCAGAGUGAUGCUCGAACACGACGCCUGACGCAGUGUUUGCUGUUUCAUUUUCAUUCUGCGAGAGUCUAGCCUUCACUGAGGUUGUGCACUAUGUACUGUACUGUAGCAAGGUAAACCAGAAUCCACACGAACAAGUCAAAGAC